AUGGCCGUGGAGGUGGAAGAGAGGGUGAAGGGCGAGUCUCCUUCUUUGUGGCUCAUCUGUCUCUCGGUGUUGCAGGACCCGUCUGGUGCAGGCAAUCCGGUGCCGCCCCAAGCGCCCGGUGUGCAGUGGAACAGCGUCCUGCAUCCUUCCAUCAACCAGUCAGGCUUUGUGCAAGACCCAGGUUACUUGCAGAGGAAUGCUCAGAUGCCGCAGCACAGCUCUUCCCAGUCCGGCUCAGCCUUAUUUCUCCAUCUGCCUUCUGGAGGACAGAUGCACGCUGCAGUGGGGCCAUAUCAGCAGAACUGCAUGGGAAGCCACAGACCCCAGGCCGGGCAGCACAGCCCUCAAGGAGCUUAUCCCGUGUGGCCCAACUGCAGCGCUCUGCCCGGUGCCAACUUCUGCAGCGCAGGACUGGGAGGAAGCAUGAACCCGGCGGCAGCAGGGAGCCAGUUGCGUGGCAGCGUUCCUCCUCAGCUGGGGGCAGGGAUGCGCCCCCCAGUAGGUGGCAUGGCUCACAGAGCACAAGGAGCAGCCGCCGUGUGUGCUGCUGCCAGCGCCAUCCAGAACUGGCCACCCGGUUAUCCCAGUGUGAACCAAGGGGGAAUGCUGGGCACUGGACCUCCUUACGGACAGGGAACUAACAGCAUGGCUGGUGUGAUCAACCGCCAGGGCCCACCUUGUGCCAUGGGUGGGAACCUGGCUAACGGCUCUGCAGGGGUGGCAGCAAGUCCUGAAGUGAUGGGUCUGGCGAAUGUCAAAUUAACUCCUGCAAGUAAAAGAAGAAAGAGGGGAGAAGAGACCCAAAAAGCAGAACUCCAGUCAAAGAAUCCCAGGCGACCGAUGGACAGCAGCUGCACCCCACCUGCCAAGCGGCUCAAAGCGGGGAUGCACAGCGUCCCCUGCAGCGCCGGGCAGGGGCAGCCGCAGCAGCAGCCCAGAGCUCUGGAGAAUGGCACCGCUCCCAGCAAAUCUGCAUCCCCGCAGCCAGGGAGGGGAAAGAAGAAGGCAGGACCGCCGAUCCCCGCCACGCACGUGGCACCGGCAGCGGAACGGCCUGCCAGGAAGCGACGGGCCGUCUCCUUCCCUCCGGGAUCGGUGGAAGCUGCCAAGCCGGUGUUACAGAAAAGGAGGCGGCUGACAGCAGCAGAUGUUGGAGCUCCUGCAGCCUGGAGGGUGAUGAUGUCCCUGAAGUCUGGGCUGCUCGCUGAAAGCACGUGGGCCUUAGACACCAUAACUGCCCUGCUCCACGAUGACAGCAGCGUCACGUCCUUUGACCUCAGGCAGCUGCCCGGCCUGCUGGAAGUCCUGGUGGAGUAUUUGCGGCGCUGCCUGAUGGAGGUCUUUGGAAUCCUGGAGGAGUACGAGGUGGGUAUUUGCCCAGGGCAAAGCUCACUGUGUGGGUUGGAGAGCGCCCACCUGCUCUGGCAGCUUGGCGGCGGAGAUACCACUGAGCACAUCCAGACCCACUUGGAGAGCAAGAGAGAGCGCUCCGCGGCUGAGAGCAAUGGAAAUGCUCGGGAAGGGCAGGCUGCUCCAUCUGACAGCUCCUCAGCAAUUGUGGAGGAUGAGCCUCGCAGCAGAGACGAGGCACUGCUCUGCCUCACCCACGACUGGCAGGACUCUGUGGCGAAGCGCUGCAUCUGUGUCUCCAACAUCAUCAGGAGCUUGUCGUUUGUGCCGGGCAAUGACGCCGAGAUGUGCAAACACACCGGGCUGCUGCUGAUCCUGGGGAAAAUGCUGCUCUUACACCAUGAGCACCCAGAGCGCAAGCAGGCAGCCCUGAGCUCAGAGAGAGAGGAGCUGGAGCAGGACCAGGGGCUGAGCUGCGGCCAGGAGGAGUGGUGGCGGGACUGCCUGCAGGAACUGCGUGAGAACACCCUGGUGACGCUGGCCAACAUUUCCGGCCAGCUGGACCUGUCCCCUCUCCCAGAAAGCCUCUGCUUGCCCAUCGUGGACGGACUCCUCCACUGGGCAGUGUGUCCAUCAGCAGAGGCCCAGGACCCUUUUCCAGCGCUGGGGUCGAAUGCCGUCCUCUCCCCUCGGAGCCUGGCUUUGGAAACGCUCAGCAAACUGAGCACCCGGGACACCAACGUGGAUUUGAUCCUCGCGGCUCCCCCCACCAGCCGCUUGGAGAUGCUGUACAGCAGCCUGCUGCGUUUGCUCCGCGACAGAGAGAGCCCGGUGUGCAGAGAGAUGGCGGUGGUCCUACUGGCCUCCUUGGCGCAGGGGGACAGCCUGGCAGCGAGGGCGAUUGCCUCGCAGGAGAGGAGCGUCGGCGACUUGCUGGGCUUCUUGGAGGACGGCCUGGCCGCCGCGCGGUGCCAGCAGAGCCAGGCCGGCCCGGUGCCCGAGCAGAACGCGCCCUGCGAGCCGCCGAGCGUGGACAUGAUGCGCCGAGCGGCUCGGGCGCUGCUCGCCCUGGCUGAGGUGGGCGAGAGCCGCUCGCAGUUCACGCUGCACGAGUCGCGGCUGUUGGACAUCUCCGUGUCGCCCGCGGUGGAUUCCUUGGUCUCCCAGGACCCGUCUGGUGCAGGCAAUCCGGUGCCGCCCCAAGCGCCCGGUGUGCAGUGGAACAGCGUCCUGCAUCCUUCCAUCAACCAGUCAGGCUUUGUGCAAGACCCAGGAGCUUAUCCCGUGUGGCCCAACUGCAGCGCUCUGCCCGGUGCCAACUUCUGCAGCGCAGGACUGGGAGGAAGCAUGAACCCGGCGGCAGCAGGGAGCCAGUUGCGUGGCAGCGUUCCUCCUCAGCUGGGGGCAGGGAUGCGCCCCCCAGCAGGUGGCAUGGCUCACAGAGCACAAGGAGCAGCCGCCGUGUGUGCUGCUGCCAGCGCCAUCCAGAACUGGCCACCCGGUUAUCCCAGUGUGAACCAAGGGGGAAUGCUGGGCACUGGACCUCCUUACGGACAGGGAACUAACAGCAUGGCUGGUGUGAUCAACCGCCAGGGCCCACCUUGUGCCAUGGGUGGGAACAUGGCUAACGGCUCUGCAGGGGUGGCAGCAAGUCCUGAAGUGAUGGGUCUGGCGAAUGUCAAAUUAACUCCUGCAAGUAAAAGAAGAAAGAGGGGAGAAGAGACCCAAAAAGCAGAACUCCAGUCAAAGAAUCCCAGGCGACCGAUGGACAGCAGCUGCACCCCACCUGCCAAGCGGCUCAAAGCGGGGAUGCACAGCGUCCCCUGCAGCGCCGGGCAGGGGCAGCCGCAGCAGCAGCCCAGAGCUCUGGAGAAUGGCACCGCUCCCAGCAAAUCUGCAUCCCCGCAGCCAGGGAGGGGAAAGAAGAAGGCAGGACCGCCGAUCCCAGCCGCACACGUGGCACCGGCAGCGGAACGGCCUGCCAGGAAGCGACGGGCCGUCUCCUUCCCUCCGGGAUCGGUGGAAGCUGCCAAGCCGGUGUUACAGAAAAGGAGGCGGCUGACAGCAGCAGAUGUUGGAGCUCCUGCAGCCUGGAGGGUGAUGAUGUCCCUGAAGUCUGGGCUGCUCGCUGAAAGCACGUGGGCCUUAGACACCAUAACUGCCCUGCUCCACGAUGACAGCAGCGUCGCGUCCUUUGACCUCAGGCAGCUGCCCGGCCUGCUGGAAGUCCUGGUGGAGUAUUUGCGGCGCUGCCUGAUCGAGGUCUUUGGAAUCCUGGAGGAGUACGAGGUGGGUAUUUGCCCAGGGCAAAGCUCACUGUGUGGGUUGGAGAGCGCCCACCUGCUCUGGCAGCUUGGCGGCGGAGAUACCACUGAGCACAUCCAGACCCACUUGGAGAGCAAGAGAGAGCGCUCCGCGGCUGAGAGCAAUGGAAAUGCUCGGGAAGGGCAGGCUGCUCCAUCUGACAGCUCCUCAGCAAUUCUGGAGGAUGAGCCUCGCAGCAGAGACGAGGCACCGCUCUGCCUCACCCACGACUGGCAGGACUCUGUGGCGAAGCGCUGCAUCUGUGUCUCCAACAUCAUCAGGAGCUUGUCGUUUGUGCCGGGCAAUGACGCCGAGAUGUGCAAACACGCCGGGCUGCUGCUGAUCCUGGGGAAACUGCUGCUCUUACACCAUGAGCACCCAGAGCGCAAGCAGGCAGCCCUGAGCUCGGAGAGAGAGGAGCUGGAGCAGGACCAGGGGCUGAGCUGCGGCCAGGAGGAGUGGUGGCGGGACUGCCUGCAGGAACUGCGUGAGAACACCCUGGUGACGCUGGCCAACAUUUCCGGCCAGCUGGACCUGUCCCCUCUCCCAGAAAGCCUCUGCUUGCCCAUCGUGGACGGACUCCUCCACUGGGCAGUGUGUCCAUCAGCAGAGGCCCAGGACCCUUUUCCAGCGCUGGGGUCGAAUGCCGUCCUCUCCCCUCGGAGCCUGGCUUUGGAAACGCUCAGCAAACUGAGCACCCGGGACACCAACGUGGAUUUGAUCCUCGCGGCUCCCCCCACCAGCCGCUUGGAGAUGCUGUACAGCAGCCUGCUGCAUUUGCUCCGCGACAGAGAGAGCCCGGUGUGUAGAGAGAUGGCGGUGGUCCUACUGGCCGCCUUGGCACAGGGGGACAGCCUGGCAGCGAGGGCGAUUGCCUCGCAGGAGAGGAGCGUCGGCGACUUGCUGGGCUUCUUGGAGGACGGCCUGGCCGCCGCGCGGUGCCAGCAGAGCCAGGCCGGCCCGGUGCCCGAGCAGAACGCGCCCUGCGAGCCGCCGAGCGUGGACAUGAUGCGCCGAGCGGCUCGGGCGCUGCUCGCCCUGGCUGAGGUGGGCGAGAGCCGCUCGCAGUUCACGCUGCACGAGUCGCGGCUGUUGGACAUCUCCGUGUCGCCCACGGUGGAUUCCUUGGUCUCCCAGGUUAUCUGCGACGUGCUGUUCUUCAUUGCCCGGCCCUGACA